GCGGCCGACGGGCGGCGGCGGGCACCGGCUGCGCGAGCAGGUACCCGCGGCGGAGGUGGCUAGGCCGCCCCGGGGCGAGCGCGAAGGCGGGGGUCGGGCCCGCCGCGCCCCCAUGCCGCGCUGAGCCCUCGCGCUCGGCGCACUCGCAGCCGCGCCGCGCCAGCCCCAGCGCGCCGGCUCUCCCCGCGCCGCCAGCCCGGGCCCUACCUGCGGCCGCCGUCGGGGAGGGGGUCCCCCCAGCUCUGCGGAGCCGCAUGAACAAUAGGCGGCGGCGGCUCCUGCGGGCGGCGGCAGCCCCGCACCCUAUGGAUCGGCCGCUCCAUGGAGCCCUCCAGAGCGCUUCUCGGCUGCCUGGCGAGCGCCGCCGCUGCCGUCCCGCCGGGGGAGGAUGGACCGGGGGCCGGGGCCGAGGAGGAGGAGGAAGAGGAGGAGGAGGCGGCGGCGGCCCCGGGGGAGCUGGGCUCCGACGCGCCGCUGCCCUACUGGACUGCCGUGUUCGAGUACGAGGCGGCGGGCGAGGACGAGCUGACCCUGCGGCUGGGCGACGUGGUGGAGGUGCUGUCCAAGGACUCGCAGGUGUCCGGCGACGAGGGCUGGUGGACCGGGCAGCUGAACCAGCGGGUGGGCAUCUUCCCCAGCAACUACGUGACCCCGCGCAGCGCCUUCUCCGGUCGUUGCCAGCCUGGCGGCGAGGACCCCAGUUGCUACCCGCCCAUUCAGUUGUUAGAGAUUGAUUUUGCAGAGCUAACCCUGGAAGAGAUUAUCGGCAUCGGGGGCUUUGGGAAGGUCUAUCGUGCUUUCUGGAUAGGGGAUGAGGUCGCCGUGAAAGCAGCUCGCCAUGACCCCGAUGAGGACAUCAGCCAGACCAUAGAGAAUGUUCGCCAGGAGGCCAAGCUCUUUGCCAUGCUGAAGCACCCCAACAUCAUUGCCCUGAGGGGGGUGUGUCUGAAGGAGCCCAACCUCUGCUUGGUCAUGGAGUUUGCCCGUGGAGGGCCUUUGAAUAGAGUGUUAUCUGGGAAAAGGAUUCCCCCAGACAUCCUGGUGAACUGGGCUGUGCAGAUUGCCAGAGGGAUGAACUACCUACACGAUGAGGCCAUUGUCCCCAUCAUCCACCGUGACCUUAAGUCCAGCAACAUAUUGAUCCUCCAAAAGGUGGAGAAUGGAGAUCUGAGCAACAAGAUUCUGAAGAUCACUGAUUUUGGCCUGGCUCGGGAGUGGCACCGAACCACCAAGAUGAGCGCGGCAGGGACAUAUGCUUGGAUGGCACCUGAAGUCAUUCGUGCCUCCAUGUUUUCCAAAGGCAGCGACGUGUGGAGCUAUGGGGUGCUGCUGUGGGAGCUCCUGACUGGGGAGGUACCCUUCCGAGGAAUCGAUGGCUUAGCAGUUGCUUAUGGAGUGGCCAUGAACAAGCUUGCCCUUCCCAUUCCUUCUACAUGCCCAGAACCUUUUGCCAAACUCAUGGAAGAUUGCUGGAACCCUGACCCCCAUUCACGACCAUCUUUUACGAAUAUCCUGGACCAGCUAACUACCAUAGAGGAGUCUGGUUUCUUCGAAAUGCCCAAAGACUCCUUCCACUGCCUGCAGGAUGACUGGAAACAUGAGAUUCAGGAGAUGUUUGACCAACUCAGGGCCAAAGAAAAGGAGCUCCGCACCUGGGAGGAGGAGCUGACGCGGGCUGCACUCCAGCAGAAGAACCAGGAGGAGCUGCUGCGGCGACGGGAGCAGGAGCUGGCCGAGCGGGAGAUUGACAUCCUAGAACGGGAGCUCAACAUCAUCAUCCACCAGCUGUGCCAGGAGAAGCCCCGGGUGAAGAAACGCAAGGGCAAGUUCCGGAAGAGCCGGCUGAAGCUCAAGGAUGGAAACCGCAUCAGCCUCCCUUCUGAUUUCCAGCACAAGUUCACGGUCCAGGCCUCCCCCACCAUGGAUAAGAGGAAGAGUCUUAUCAGCAGCCGCUCCAGUCCUCCUGCAAGCCCCACCAUCAUUCCUCGUCUUCGAGCCAUCCAGUAUCCCAUCCAACCUCUGUCAUUCACAGUGACACCAGGUGAAAGCAGCAAAACCUGGGGCCGGAACUCUGUCAUCCCAAAGGAGGAGGGAGAGGAGGAGGAGAAAAGGGCCCCCAAGAAGAAGGGACGGACGUGGGGGCCGGGCACACUGGGUCAGAGGGAGCUUGCCUCCGGAGAUGAAGGAUCCCCUCAGAGACGUGAGAAAGCUAAUGGUUUCAGUACCCCUUCAGAAUCUCCACAUUUCCACUUGGGCCUCAAAUCCCUGGUAGAUGGAUACAAGCAGUGGUCGUCCAGUGCCCCCAACCUGGGGAAGGGCCCAAGGAGUAGCCCAGCCCUGCCAGGGUUCACCAGCCUUAUGGAGAUGGAGGAUGAGGACAGUGAAGGCCCAAGAAGUGGAGAGAGUCGUCUACAGCAUUCACCCAACCAGUCCUACCUCUGUAUCCCAUUCCCUCGUGGAGAGGAUGGUGAUGGCCCCUGCAGUGAUGGAGUCCACGAGGAACUCACUCCAGUCAACUCAGCCACCAGUACCCCCCAGCUGACACCAACUAACAGCCUCAAGCGGGGUGGUGCCCACCACCGCCGCUGUGAGGUGGCUUUGCUUGGCUGCGGGGCUGUUCUCGCAGCCACAGGCCUAGGGUUUGACCUUCUGGAAGCUGGCAAGUGCCAGCCGCUUCCCCCGGAGGAGCCUGAGCCACCAGCCCGGGAAGAGAAGAAGAGGCGUGAGGGUCUUUUUCAGAGGGCCAGCCGUCCUCGUCGGAGCACCAGCCCCCCAUCCCGGAAGCUCUUCAAGAAGGAAGAGCCCAUGCUGUUGCUAGGAGACCCCUCUGCCUCCCUAACACUGCUCUCUCUCUCCUCCAUCUCUGAGUGCAACUCCACCCGUUCCCUGCUGCGUUCAGACAGCGAUGAGAUUGUGGUGUAUGAGAUGCCCAUCAGCCCGGUUGAAGCCCCGCCCCUGACUCCCUGCACACACAACCCCUUGGUCAAUGUCCGAGUGGAGCGCUUCAAGCGAGACCCCAACCAAUCCCUGACUCCCACCCAUGUCACCCUUACGGCCCCGUCGCAGCCUGGUAGUCACCGGAGGACUCCUUCUGAUGGGGCCCUCAAGCCAGCGGCUGUCGUAGGCAGCAGGAGCCCCUCCAGCAAUGGGUUGAGCCCCAGCCCUGGAGCAGGAAUGUUGAAAACCCCCAGCCCCAGCCGAGACCCAGGUGAAUUCCCCCGUCUGCCUGACCCCAAUGUGGUCUUUCCCCCAACUCCAAGGCGCUGGAACACACAACAGGACUCUACCUUGGAGAGACCCAAGACCCUGGAGUUUCUGCCUCGGCCACGUCCUUCUGCCAACCGGCAACGGCUGGACCCUUGGUGGUUUGUGUCCCCCAGCCAUGCCCGUAGCGCCUCCCCAGCCAACAGCUCCAGCACGGAGACGCCGAGCAACCUGGACUCCUGCCUUGCUAGCAGCAGCAGCACUGUGGAGGAGCGGCCUGGACUUCCAGCCCUGCUCCCGUUCCAGGCGGGGCCGGUGCCCCCAGCCGAGCGGACACUUCUGGACCUGGACGCAGAGGGCCAGAGUCAGGACAGCACUGUGCCGCUGUGCAGAGCUGAAUUGAACACACACAGGCCUGCUCCUUAUGAGAUCCAGCAAGAGUUCUGGUCUUAGCAUGAAAGGGUCAGGGGUGGGCCAGGGGGAAGCAGGAGGAGCUGGGGGAGCUGGCUGGCACAGCCCUCUCUCAGAGUUGGACCCCCUGGGAUCCAGCCCUACUUCUUGCACUGAUAAUGCACUUUGAAGUUGGAAGGGAUGGAAACAGGGCCACUUCAGAGAGUCUCUUGCCCUGCAGGGCCUUUCUACCCAAGUCCACUGGAGGGACUGUGGCCAUCAGCUCUGGCUUUGUAGGGGAGGGAGGGGUGCGUGCAUGUCCCCAUCCUCCACAGUCUUCCUCGCCUUUAGGGUGACCCUGCAGAGUCACUCAGCCAAAUCUGUCUGCUGCUCCCUCUCCUCAGCCCCCUGGGUGUGCCCGGAGCCUGUCCUGGGUCCCUCUGUUAGUGCUGAGUUCAGCUUUCCCAAACACCAGGAGUGGAUGUUCUGUGAUUGAUUUUACUCCUCUUCCACAUUCUUCCCCAACACCCAUGAAUCAGACUCUUGUUGGUGUGAGAUGUGAGCUUUUCUGUGUCCUAAGCCCUUAUGUGCCAGCCGGAGGGCUGAAGGCAUAGUGCCCCAGUGUGGGGCAUAGGAAUUGAUGGAGCUGGCACUCCCUCCCUGCCCUUCCAGGUGCCCUACUUACUUAUUUGAGCCUACCAGAGGUAGGGGGACCUGCCUUAGUGAGAACUUGGGGAGGGGAGGGAGUUAGGAGAAAUAUAGUCGAGUUGGAGUAAGGAGGGUAACAGGGUCUGUUUAUCCUUGUUCCUUUUGGAAACACUCAAAGAAGGGCAGAAACGUGUUGACAUCACCCAUCUCCUAUCUAGGGUCGACCAUGGUCAGACCAGGUUCUGAUACAAACACAUGCUCAUCCCAGGAAGAGUUUCUUGGGAGACUCACUCACUGGUGCCCGUUCGGAAGCCAGAGACAAAGUCCCUGUGCUUGUCUCUUCUGUUGUCUGAUGUUUGUGUGUUAUACCUUUCAUUGAUCUUUCCUCCAGUCCCUGGAAUUAGUGGACUUUGGGUUAUGUGUUUGGUUGGGAGAUGUCUCUACACUGCAGCACUAUAGCCUGCACCACUAUAGUCCUGGACACCGGGAGGUGGAACUGUAGGGAUUCCUUCUCAGCCAGGCCGUCCAUUCUGGGAUGCCCUUGAAGUAAAACAGAGCCAUUUAGUGGUCCCUUCCAUAAGUGGAUAUGGUGAGGCAAUGAUGUUUGUAAGGUGCUGAGUGAGUUACUGAUUUACAGUGACCUUCAAGUCCCAGGUGCUGGCAGCUGACCACAGCCUCUUGUCUCUGUGCACAGAUAGCCCCUAGUGCUGGGCUCUGGACCAUGAGCUGGGAGGAAGGACAACAGAGGCCAACCCCACCUCUUCUGGAAUAUGUUUCCUUAACUUGAAUGUAGAUCUUCUUCUGGAGCUUUCUCAUAUGUAUCUUUACUAUUCCGCUUACUCUGAGGCCUCCUGGGUUGGGUGUGCACAGUUGUCUUUGGGUGGGAAGAACAGCUUGGUUGGGAGCAGAGUCCUUAGGUCACGCUCCUCUCCCUUCCAGACUCUCAGUGUUGCUCCAGUGUCUUUUAUCGUGGAAUAUUCUCUGGAGAUGUUGGAGGCCAACCUGCAGGUUCCCUGUGUUUGCUGCCUGGAUGCCAGAAUGGGGAGAGCAGGGAAGCUGACACAAGUGAGGGAUUUGGUCACUGCUCUAACUGUGACAGAAGUCCCACCCUGGGGAUGAAAAAAGGGUGACCUUGGUUUUCAAAUUGUUCCUUGAUUUAUGAGCCUACUGGCACUUUGGUUCAAGGACCCCACCUAGUCUUGGGGGAAGGCACUAGUGGUUCUGUUGCCCAGGGUUUUGUAACUGCAUCUUGACUCUCUCCUCUUGGUUCUGUGAAGCCAAUAUGUAAGAGGUGAUUUUUUGCCCCCAUCCCCCACUUCUCAGGUUGGAGGGAAAAAAAUGUGAAUCCUGUCAGCGGUUCCAGCCAACCAAGUGACUCCUCUUCAUUCUUGAUGGGGAGAGGGACACAAAUGGUCUGUUCUUCGCUCUUCCCCUGGACUCUCCAUGGCCGCAGUCCCUAAGCCACCAACACAGGUGUAAAGCCUUGGCUCCGCUAUAUGGCCCUCUGGUGGAGUGCAGCCUAUAGCAUGAUGCAAACUGUGCUGGCUCUGGACAGUGCUCUGUGGUGUGAGGCAGGGAUUUUUCCUUUGCUCAUUUUCUACUUUUUGUCACUUGAUUAGGUUGCAGCCAUCUGUCUUGGAAGUGGUAGUGUAACUGAUGUAGUGUAAACUGUAUGACAGCCACUUGUCAUUGAGUGAGAAGCUGAACCCAAUUCUUACUCCUCCAUCUGGCAGAAAGACAAGGGAAGGCUAGGUCUCUGUGAAGAGAAUUGUACCUGCAAGAGGCAGAGGCAGGGUUAUUCUGGAUGCUUCUGUGAGUUUCCACGAAGAUGGAGUAGUUACCAUCUCUUAGCUCCUCCAAACCUGGUCUCUGAUGGGGCUCUGCCCGCCACACUCUCUCUGUGGGGCAAAGCUGGGGUGGGAUAAGGCUCCAUCUAGUAACAGGUUUGUGUUGCUUUCUGUCCACUCAGGUUCCCGUGCCUCUGUGAUCAUGGUCAGGAGCAGCCUUGAAGCUGGGGAUCAAGCCUCUGCAGUGGUAGUAGCUGGCCUCCCCUCUUCCCUUUCCUCAAAGACACUUUCCUUCUGCUCUUCGCAGGUGCUCAUUGCGUGGAAGAUGGUGAUGGGAAACAUGCUGUUCUCUGCCUCUUCUCCUUGGAUCCUUCGGCUCCUCCCACUGACUCUAAACACAAUUAUCCUCCAGUUACCCCCCUUGGGGAUCCAGGUCCCUGCAAGAGGCAGAGUUGAUGUCCCAGUUAUCCUCCUAUGUUAUUUCUAAGAGGCUUUGGUGAAUGCUCUUAGCUUCUCAUCCUUUUGUGUCCCGAGGGUCUGGUAGUAAUGAUGAGGAGGAGGAGGAGAAGGAGGAGGAAGAUAUCUUGGAUUUGGACAACCCAGAAUAACCUAACCUUUCCUCCUGACCUUUACAAAAUUACAUAAUUUUCCUUCUACAUUAGAUAUACUUGCUAGUAGAGAAGGGGAAAUGCUUAAAGAUGAAGAUUCAAGUAAGGAGAAGUGGAAAAGCUACUUAGCCUGAUUGCUGAAUCGGGCACCAGGCUCUGAGACCUGAACGGGUUGGCUGUGUUCCCUCUUCUGCUUUUGCUGUCUGACCUCAGGCUUGUCUCUUACCCCCUCUCAGAUUUCCUUCCUGUAAAAGCGACCAUAACCUCCUUCCCUGAAAGGGCAUUGAGGGUACAUAUCAGAGCAGGUCAGUGAAGCCCGUGGCUUUCUGCCAGCGACAAGGACAAAUUGCUGAAGCUGGCUGUGUGGUGCUCACCAUCUCUGCCUCUAGGGGACUCAGCUACUGUUUUUUCCUUUGGCUUCUGGAAGAGGAGUGAUUUGGAGUUGGCUUAGCAUGACUAAUGGGGACCAUCGUCAGGCACAUGCUCUUCUGCUUCGUUUAUGUAGCACCUGGUGUUUAAACGCAUCCUUCCUAAUUCCCCCACUUAACUUGUCAGGCCUAUCAUCCCCACCAUUAGUUUCUUAUAGAGGAGGAAAUGGGCGAUGUCAGAAUGACGGUUUGGGGUCUGAUUUCAUGGAGUCAUUCCCAGGAUCUGACUUGUUUAGAGACUGGAAUCAGGCCAAUUCCUGGAAGAAUCUUUGGGAAAGGGUCUGCUGGCCCUUGGGACAUGUGUCAUGGUGUAAGGUUCCUUACAAGGCACCUUUUCCCUCAGACCGUGGUUGCUCAGGGACAUGAUGAGACACCCCAAGAGCAUCUAGGCCUGACGUUGUCAACACUCUUGCUCCACAGUCCCCACAUGAGAGGCCCCCUCACACAUCCCUCCCCCACGAGGAGGGAGACACCUCCUGAACAUUCCUAACUCUCCAAGGUCGCUUUUAACAAAGCACAGAGAAGCGGUUGCUGAAGACUGGAUGCUGAGUGGUACACUUCAGCGUUGAGAUGUCCAUCUGGCAGGCUCCUCUGUGGAUUUUCCUCAUGGGUUUAGUUAGACCUGUGCCUCGGACUCAAGUGUGUGAGGGCCCCGCCCCAUCAGGCAGGUCAGAAACACUCUUGCCUAUUGAGGGAUUUAGGGUAAGAAGCGGAUGCCAGACUUCUCUUGAGGGCUCUGCCAGAGACUGCAGACCUGGGUCAGAGGUGAGAGCCACCUGCAGCACACUGUGAUCAUAGGUGAACGUGGUGGCAGGGGUGGCAGGAAUCUGGUGAUCUGAGCUGCCCUCAUACGAGUUGUAUGAAGUCACACAUGUCUCUUUCCCCCUCUGGACCUCUGGGCCCAGCCGUGACCUGAGAAGGAGGCUGCCUUCCCUCCCUGAAGCAUGAAGCCCUUCUGACUUUAAAUGGGUGGUCCCGGAGCCCCAGGUCCAGCACUGAUGAGCCUCACCUUGCUCGAUUGUUGCCCUUUGUGGAAAAUGCUGUGUGUUUGUAUGUGUGUGGCUGUAGGUCAAAACCAGUCGAAUGUCGGCAGUUUCAUUUGGUUCAAGCUACCAGACCACCCGCUGCAGGCCUUGGCUUCAGGCCUGAGGAUAAUUCCCUGUCAAGCUACAGUUACUGUUAGGAACACAUUCGCAAUGCCUCUCUUCUUUCAGACAAAUCAUUGUUUUCUUAGAUCAGGAAUUCAAAUUAAUAAAAAUCCACAUCAGAAAGGAAAACCCACUGCUGCUUCCAGGAGUCCUCCUCGGUCCCUGGACCCUUCCUGGCCUCCUUGCCUGGUCACUCGCUAUCACUGAUGUUGGAGGGCGAGAGGCAGAAGGGGGAGCCUUGGCUUCUGGUUGGCUGUGCAGGCCAGGUGGGCCUCCAUUGACUUCUUUUCAGACUCUUGACUAUUUUUGUUCAUCCUGAUGAGACAUUGACGGGCCCCACCCCCUCCUUUGCCCAUUUCCAGUCUUGGGCUGUGGAAGCACCCUGGCCUUCCUAGGCUUCCCUUGGAGCCCUCGCAUUUGUUCUUCCGAAGGUUGGGCUCACUUCUUAAUCUGGAGCCAGAAGGACUGGUCCUUCCUGAUCCUUACCACCUGUGGUUCCCUACAUCCCCUGCCUGUGGCCUCGCUUUGGGUCUUUAGCUCAAGACUGCAGCUAGAAGUAGAGAAGAGCCUCGGGGCCUAGCUGGAUAAGAGCCAGGAGCUUUUCCACGCCUCUGUUUCUCUUGGAAACAGACUCACCUUUUCCCUCACCCGUCUUGCCUCCUGGCUGGUCUGACCCACCCCCCCUGCCAACACCCACAGCCUAGUUUUACUAGUCUGCUUGGUGGGCGUGGACCUGGCAACUAGAUAGCUACUCCGGAUGGGACAGCGGGAGUACAAUUCCAGAGGUUUAGAGAUGGAUCUUUUCUACUGGGAUGUGUGGGAUGGGCAUCCGGGAAUUCUGCCCCCAGAGGUCAGGUUGGUUUAUGAAGAGGGGUCUUGGGGCGUGAUGGCCCCAUGGAUAUGGUGUUACCUGCUCUGUACUUGCUGAAGUCCAAGGCGGAGUUUCAGAAGUAAUAUGUUGCCCACAUUCCUGAAAUCCUUCACACCCAGACACCUGCUUUGAUGGAUCCUGCCUUUAUUUAAAAUUUUGAUACUGUGUUCAUCGUGGUGUUUUUCAUUAAUUUAAAUAUUUUAAAAUGCUGCAUUGAAAUAUGGUUUCUCUUGAUUCCUGCGAUUUUCGGUGUCCCCUUAAAUUUUGCGUCCUUGGUGAGUGCCUCCUUCACCUGCCCCAGGUCUCUACCCUCCCUGCCCCUCAGCUGCAUUUGUGAUGCAUUUGUGGUGCUUAGUCAGAAUGGCGAAGUGGGUUUUAGGUCUUUUCUGGUUGCCCUUCCCCUCCAGUCCUGAGUGAGGUGGGAGCUCUCUGGGAGUGUUGGCAUUUAAACAGGGACGUGCUGACUUACAGCAGUGAAGCCGGGGGACAGUUUGCAGACUUGGACCUGUAGCGGGGUGGGGGGGCUGACUUUUCUUUGAUGUUCUCCAGGUUCCAUUCGGCUUCUUUGAAACCCUGAGGCCACUUAGAGGGGUGUCUGUUUCAGCGGAAAGGAAAGUGAUUACAUUGAAGAGGAUCCUUUAGGUUCUCAUCUUCAUCCUCUUUGGGACAUCUUUGAAUUUCCAGAGAAGUGAAUAAAUCAUUCUCUCUCCAGAUUUCAGAAAGGACUGAAGUGGACGGAGGCAUUUCACUCCCUUGCAUGCCGAGGGCGGCAGCCCCAAGCACUGUGCCUGCCCCAGUCACCUUUGUAAUGUCAGCCAGCACGUCACCUCCCCCGGGAGCCUUUUCGCUACAUUUACUAUUCUCUGUCGUCUUUACUCAUCAUUUGCCUCAUCCUCCAGUUCCAGAAGCCAUGCUGGCUGUGGCUCUUUUCUUCAUCACUGUCAGAAUGAGGCAUGGGUUUAUCCUGGCCUGGGGAUGGGGACUAAUAAUAAAUUAUGAGAAACCAUGGCACUUCUGUGUGGGAGGUGCUAUCCUAGAGGUUUGUAUUCUUUUUUUAACUCACAAUAAUCCUGGGGUUGGGGGGGUAUUACCUCCAUCUAAAGAUGGGGAAACUGAGGCUCAGAUGGUUAUGUAACAUGCCCAAGAUCACACGGCUAGGAAGUGACAUUGCUGAUCUACUUGACUACAAUGCAGUCUCUCAUUUUCUUCUGGGCACAUAUUAGGCCACUGUUUAGAAGCCCUGGGAUAAAAUCGGGCUAGCGUAGGUCCACCUAGGCUUUGAGAUGGCUCUUUGUCCAAGGAGGAGUGUGUCCCGUGGCUAACCUGUCAUCUGCCUUCAUGACUGGGCAUACCCAGCGGGACUUGCAACCUCCCCAAAGCUCAGUCGACUUCCUCUCUGUUCCUGGUUGCUUUCUCCUCCACCAUUUCCUCUCCACAGUUUUUCAGGGAUUUGUUCUGCACAGGGGUUGAAUGUGUCAAUUCUGUAGCUCUUCUCCCAGGACCACUGAGGGCCUGGGGGCCUGUGGGCCUCUCUCCUGUUUCCAGCCCACAGUUGCCCCAUUAUGGCUCUUUGCCACAGAUUCAACCCACGUCCCUCCUGGUCUCUUGAGUUUGGAAGCCUUAUUGUAGCUCCUCCUUGGGAACUUGAAAGCAGGCUUUUGCCUUUUUGUCCUAUCAAGCCACAUGCCCUUGGUACCCAGUUGUAGCAAAGAAGAGAGAUGAUGAGCUUGUCAACUUUCUCCUCUAAUUUUCCUCAUUGCCCAUCCUACACACACGCUCACGUGCUCACACAGAUUUAGUCUAAGACUGUAUCUGUAUCUUCUAGAGGAUUAAGGAAAGGGGUUGAGAUGGUUUUUCCUUAGUUCGCGGAAAAGCUUUCUUUGGAAUUUUCCUCCCCAUUAGAGCCUUUGAGUCUGGCUGAAGCAAAAGUUCAGACAUGUCCAUUUUGUUCCUCUGUGAUUAGCUACUAGUUUUCUUCCCUGGGCCUUCCCUGUUCCAGUGUCUUGUCCAUGUGUCCUGACCCUGUGUCCUUGAAUUCCCGUUUUGCUUUGGGAUUUAAGUUAUUGUAAUUUGUCAACAAUAUUUAAAAAUAGAAAAGUCCUGAAGGAAACUUCUAUCAGGUCCUUUUCUUUGGCUUUUUUUUUCCAAGGUACUGUAAAUUGUUAACGAGGGGUGCCAAGCGGGCUUGGUUCAACGGUUAAACCUCUUCUCGUAUUACAGUGUAAUGCUGAUCUCAGCCUGGUCUCACCACCAGAGCACACACAGACUUGAAUAAAACUUAUAACAAUGA